UGUGUGUGUGUGUGUGUGUGUGUGUGUGUGAAGACAAACCAAGGUGAACCAACCAUUUCUACAGUGGAUAAGUGGACCCACGGAGCUGAGUGGACUAGUGGUGGACACUUGGAGCCGGUGUCAGGGUUAAAUGAUGACCAGUGACCUAGUGGUCUGGAGGGGUCUGGUGUGGAUGAAGCAGGUGUGCAGAACUCCUGCCUCUGGGAACCAGACCAAGGUCAACUUCCAUCAUUCUGCUGCUACUGCUGCUGCUGCUUCUGUCGGUUCAGCCCGGGACACGUUCAGUAAACAGUCAGACAUCUGCAUCCACAGAGCCACCAUGACACAGUUCCACACAUAUUCUACUGUGGGAGCUUGGAUUAGCCCCGGUUUCACUGGAAGGACAAACGGAGGACAGGCCACAUGUCCCAGUAGACCCGGGCCAAAGUGGGACUGGCCACGCCCCCAGGUCACCGGACAGACAAGGUCAUUUAACCACAACAACUCACCAGUGGGACGCUUGACUUCAGAGGAUAUCGAUAAAGCAAGAAACACCAAAAAAAGUGACAUCAAGCAACAUAAGCAAGUGCUCAGUGAACAGGCCAGACAGAGGAAGGUCCCCGUCACUCGACUUGGAAGGCUGUUUAAUUUUGGAGGUCUGGCAGUUGGACUUGGGAUUGGUGCAAUUGCUGAAGUGGCCAAGAAGAGUUUAAAACCCCAACAACAAGGUGAUAAAAAGUCCAUACUGGAUUCGAGUGCUUUCCUCUCAGAAGCCAAUGCUGAAAGAAUCGUCCGGACGCUCUGCAAAGUCCGAGGAGCUGCACUGAAACUGGGACAGAUGCUCAGUAUUCAAGACGACGCCUUCAUCAACCCUCAGUUGGCCAAAAUCUUUGAGCGUGUGCGACAAAGUGCAGACUUCAUGCCGACUAAACAGAUGAUGAAGGCUAUCAGCAGUGACCUGGGCCCCCACUGGAGGGACAAGCUGGAGUACUUUGAGGAGAAGCCGUUUGCGGCAGCGUCGAUUGGUCAGGUGCAUUUAGCGAGGCUGAAGGAUGGCAGAGAGGUGGCCAUGAAGAUCCAGUACCCCGGGGUCGCCAAGAGUAUCGACAGUGACGUGAACAAUAUCAUGACGGUUCUGAGUUUAAGCAACGCUUUACCUGAAGGUCUGUUUCCUGAACACCUUGUUGAGGUCAUGAGUCGUGAGCUGGCAUUGGAGUGUGAUUACAUAAGAGAAGCCAAGUGCGCAAAGAAAUUCCAAGAGCUGCUGAAGGGUCACCCGUUCUUUUAUGUGCCUGAUGUUAUUGAUGAGCUGAGCAGCCGACGCGUCCUAACUACGGCACUGGUUCGUGGUUUCCCUCUCGACCAGGCUACCCACCUCAGUCAGGAGCUCAGGAAUGAGGUCCGACCCACGGAUCACAGUCCAAUCUGUGAGCAAAUACUGAUUUUGUGUCUGAGGGAAGUAUUCGAGUUCAGAUACAUGCAGACGGAUCCAAACUGGUCCAACUUUUUUUUUGAUCCACAAUCUCACAAGGUUGCACUGUUGGAUUUUGGAGCAACACGAGGCUUUGAUAAAAGUUUCACUGAUACUUACAUAGAGAUAAUAAAAGCAGCUGCAGAUCAAAACAGAGAAGGUGUCCUGCAGAAAUCCAGAGAAAUGAAGUUCCUCACUGGGUUUGAGUCGAAGGCGAUGGAGAGCGCUCACGUGGACGCUGUGAUGAUCCUGGGGGAGGCGUUCUCCUCCACCCAACCCUUCGACUUCGGGGCCCAGAGCACCACGGAGCGCAUUCACAGUCUCAUUCCCAUCAUGCUUAGGGAGCGGCUGACCCCGCCCCCCGAGGAGACCUACUCCCUCCACCGUAAGAUGGGCGGCUCCUUCCUCAUCUGCUCCAAGCUGAAGGCUCAGAUCCCCUGUAAGAAUAUGUUCCAGGACACCUACACCACCUACUGGCAGAAUGGAUGCCCACACACCUGCAAUCAUUAAACCCCCACCCUAUGACAUGGUCGGUAUGGUGUUUUUGCCCCCACCCUCUGUCGGGGUAUGGUGUUUUUGCCCCGCCCUCUGUCGGGGUAUGGUGUUUUUGCCCCCGCCCUCUGUCGGGGUAUGGUGUUUUUGCCCCCGCCCUCUGUCGGGGUAUGGUGUCUUCAGUGUGGUCUGAGACUGAAUCAUGUCUGCUUGAUAAUGACCAGGUUUCUGUCCAGAUGAACUCCACUGCUUUAAAACGUGGAGAUGAUUUGUACUCUUGCUGGAUUUAAAUUGUUUUGCAUAUUGUACAGUUGAAAAUCCAUGAUGUGCCUGUAAUGUUUGAUGAAGUUAUUCUUUAUGACCAGUAGGAAAUAA